AUGGCACAAUCUGAAUUAUUUAGGCUUAAAACAGAAGCGAACGCUACCGAAACCGGCAGGUCUUCCGAACUUGAGUUACUUAUGGAUGAUCUUGAAAAAUCAAAUGCAAAACUUGCUUCUGCUGAAGCAGAGCUGGCCAAAUUACGUGAGGAUCAUGCGGACAUCCCAAAGUUACCCAUCGUAGACAUUAGUCGACUUCAAUGUCGCAUUGAAGAACUUGAAUUUGAACUGUCCAGUUGUUCUCAACAAAAAUCGUCAUUACUCGACCAGUUGGAAUCGCUCAAAUCUUUGAAGUCAUCCAACGAAAAGAAUCUAGAAAAUUGUAUUCAAGAGCUGCAAACGACAAUUUGUCAGAUCAAAGCUUCUCUGGAAGUGGCUAAUAUUAAACUUGAAAAUCAAUCUGAUUACGAAGAAAUAAAACGCGAACUAUCUCUUUUACGCUCAAUUGAAUUUCCUGAAAAUGUUCAGCCAAAUGAAUCGGAUAAUUUUAUUCAAGACGAAACAUCUGAUCGUGCCCCAUUGGAAGUACUUCUUUUAAAAAAGAAUAAAUCAUUGGAGAAUCAGUUGGCCGAAGCAAACACUUCACGUGAAAAGUUACAAAUUGAACUUACUCAAGUCCAAUCAUAUGAAGUUGAAGCCAAUCAACGAAUUAAAGAGCAAACAGAAUUAAUAAAAUUGUUAGAAUCUGAUCUUUAUCGUUUGCAGACAAAUUUGGAUGAAUCAUUAAAGUUAAAUGAUUCAAGGAACCGGUUGGAAGGUCACCAUCUUGCAGAAGUUAUCGGUGACCAAAAACCAAGUCAAUACAAUCAAUCAUUAUUAAACAUUGUACAAAAUCAACGUGAUCGAUUUCGAACACGAGCUGAAGAAUUAGAACAGAAUGAAAUAAGUUUACGCCAACAGUUGGUAUCACUUCAACGUGAAGUUGAAUCAGUACGAGCUGAUAACGUUAAAUUGUACGAGAAAAUACGUUUCUUACACUCAUAUGGUAGUCCUGUAAUACAAAAUCGACAAAAUAAUUUAUCUAAUCAGUAUUCUUCAUCAUCGGUGACAACAUCAUCGUCACAAUCACCUUGUCAAAAUCAUGAGUCAAAUGAUGCAACUAUCAUUAAAUAUUCACAUGUUUAUGAAGCUCAAUUAAAUCCUUUCAAUCAAUUUAGUCGAUAUGAGAAACAACGAGUGUAUAAAAAGUUACAACCAUAUGAAAAACUGAUGUUACAUUUGGGACGUUUUGUUAGUUCCGAUCGUAGACUUCCAGCUCAUUUCCAGCAUAGUGCUUUAGAAACUGAAGCUAAUUGUCAUUCUCGCUUUGAAAAACAUAUGCAAGAAGUUCAUAAUCAAGGUGGUGGGAAUCUAUAA